GUCCUCUCUCUCCAACUGCUAACGAUGGUUCCCGCUACAUCUUAACCAUGAGCGAUUACUUUACCAAGUGGGUAGAAGCUAUUCCUACACCUGACAAGAGUGCAUCAUCAGUAGCAACAUCAUUGUUCAAGGUAUUUAUGAGAAUGGGUCUGCCUCGGGUAGAUCAAGGACGUGAAUUCAACAAUGAUUUAGACACUAGUCUCUGUUCUCUCCUGGGGAUCCAGCGUCGCCUUACAACUCCUUACCACCCUCAGACUAACGGCUUGGACGAGCGUUUCAAUCAGACGUUGCAAAACAUGCUAGUGAAGUUUGUGUCCAACAAGCGUGAAACCUGGAGUAGCUACCUGGACACAUGUGUUUUCGCAUACAAUACCUCUCGUCAUAAUUCAACGAAGUUUACUCCUUUUGAACUCAUGUUCAAUCGUCAAGCUACUCUUCCCAUUGAUGUAGAAGUCUCAAGCAUUUCUCCUGACCAAGCUGCUCGCGAGUAUCAGCAGCAAAUGCCCAAUCUAGAUGUUACACGUACUCGUGAACACAAUCAUGUACGACUGAGCCAAGCAAAAACCAAUAUUCUUGCCGCCCAAAAGAAACAGAAGGAACUGUAUGAUAAGAAACAUGCACAGCCUGAGAGAUAUAUGGUUGGUCAAUUAGUCCUGAAACUAAAUCAUACUCGCAAAAAGACAAAAGGUGGGAAGCUGAAGAGGUACACUGGCCCUUACAAAAUCAUCUCUGUUAAACCACGAGGUGCAUAUGAGAUAAGCGAUAGAUCAAAGACAGUACUAGUGUCAGGACCCCAUCUCAAGCCGUACAAUGAUCCACCUACUUGCGAUUCUGGAUCAAUGGACUCUGCUCACUCUCCUCCUGAGGACUCUGCUCACAUGACCUCUGCUCACCUGGAAUCCCCUCUUGAAGACUCCGCUCACCUGGAAUCCCCUCUUGAGGACUCUGCUCUCCUGGAAUCCCCUCUUGAGGACUCCGCUCACCUGGAAUCUGCUCGUUUGGACUUUGCUGAAUUACUCCCCCCUCAUGAUGAGGACUCCCCUAAGGUGGACUUCGCUCAAUUGGACAAUACUUGUCUGGACUCUCAUCAUGAUUUCGCUCAUUUGAACAUUGCUCAAUUACACCCCCAUGAUGACUCUAUCCGUCCCACUAAUCAGUCCCAAGAUUGUUUGUCACCAAUAGCACACAAUGGUACAAGUGGCUUGUUUCAGUCAGAUGAACCAUCAUUCUCAUUUAUUGAUCAGGAUGAAAAAUUGCUACCGGCACCACCGCUAUCUCUUAGCCAAAUGAUAUCCAAAACACCGCAACCUCAGUUUUGCAGCACACCAAAACAACCCAAAUCUCAAACUCCAACAGUUCAGGGUGAAAUCAAGAAGAGACGUAUUCUCUCUCUGGCAACUUCUCGUCUGUCCUCUCGUGUCACACCCCUGAAAUCGAUUCAGACCCCUUCCUUGAAAUCAAGUGAGACCCCCCGUGUCGCACCCCUGAAGACCCCUCGUGUCACACCCCUGAAAUCGAUUCAGACCCCUCGUGUGAAAUUGAUUAAGACCCCUCCUUUGAAAUCAAGUGAGGCCCCUUGUGUGAAAUCGAUUCAAACCCCUCGUGGCGCACCCCUGAAAUUGAUUAAGACCCCUCGCAUCACACCCUCCUUCAAGCCGACUCAUCAGAAGAGGAUGUUUCAUCGUAGGCAGGCCAAAAUACCUCAAGCAGUCAUUGAGCGAUCAAAGAAGAACGUCAUUGAUGUGGAUACGUGUACACCAAAAGCCACUAAAAUCCUGUAUUGGAUACCUGAGCUUCGUCUAACUGUCUAUGACAGGGAAGUUCUACUAAAUCCACUUGGAUGGUUGACAGACAAUCUGAUAAAUGCAGCACAACAGCUUCUCAAAAGAGCGUUUCCAGCAGUUCCUGGCUUGCAGGAUGUUAUCAAAGGUAUUGUCUUCUCAUACGAGGUUGAAAGUGGGGAGUUCGUACAGGUCGUAAACAAUCACCAUGGCCAUUGGCUCACAGUCUCUACUAUCGGCACUCUUCACCCAGUGGUUAACGUGUAUGACAGUAUGUAUCGUUCUGUUAGCACGGGAGUCAAAGCUCAGAUUGCAACUUUGUUGCAUACGGAGGCGAAAGAAAUCACUCUAAACUUCAUGAACGUACACAUUCAGGGAGGAGGAUGUGACUGUGGCUUGUUUGCUAUAGCCAAUGCAACAGCUCUUGCUCUUGGCCACUCACCUGGAAGCUUCCAGUACAAUCAACAUAAAAUGAGGCAGCACUUGUUUUCUUGCUUUCAAAAGCAACAAAUACUACCUUUUCCAAUUAAGAAGUAUCGUCGUGCUCCUGACUCAAUUGUGUCAAUCGAUACAUACCCCGUGUACUGCCUAUGCAGAAUGCCAGAGAUGGCAACUAUGGAAAACUGGGUGGAAUGCAGCACAUGCAAGGAGUGGUAUCAUUACGACACCUGUGUGAAUGUUCCUGCCGCCAAAAAAUCAGCUGUUUGGCACUGUAUGCAGUGCAGUGCUAAACUAGUCUUGAACUAAGACGUAACUGUUAACCGUCCAUAAACUACCAUCUGUAUCUAUUCCCGGACAGAACUUCGGCAUUAUAAUUAUAUGUAGUAGUAUAGUCUAGUAACAUUAUUUUAUCAAGCUGUAAAACUGUCAAUCGUUAAUAGAUCUUUCUUUUGAAACAGUUGAAAACUGAGUCUUAAGAAUGUGGAGGCCUCACAUGCUGCAUGCAGCUCUAUCUAGUACACCUG